AUGGCUUCAACUGGUCUUGAACUCCUUGGCAUGACCCUGGCCGUGCUGGGGUGGCUUGGGACCCUGGUGUCCUGUGCCCUACCGCUGUGGAAGGUGACCGCCUUCAUUGGCAAUAGUAUCGUGGUGGCCCAGGUAGUAUGGGAGGGGCUGUGGAUGUCCUGUGUGGUGCAGAGCACAGGCCAGAUGCAGUGCAAGGUGUAUGACUCGCUGUUGGCGCUACCCCAGGACCUACAAGCUGCUAGAGCCCUCUGUGUCGUCGCUCUUCUGCUGGCCUUGCUGGGCCUGCUGGUGGCCAUUACGGGUGCCCAGUGCACCACAUGUGUGGAGGAUGAAGGUGCCAAGGCGCGCAUUGUGCUCACUGCAGGGGUCCUCCUCCUUCUCUCGGGUAUCCUGGUGCUCAUCCCUGUCUGCUGGACAGCCCAUGCCAUCAUCCAGGACUUCUAUAACCCACUGGUGGCUGAGGCCCUCAAGAGGGAGCUGGGGGCCUCCCUCUACCUGGGCUGGGCAGCAGCUGCACUGCUCAUGCUAGGUGGGGGGCUCCUCUGCUGCACCUGUCCCCCAUCCCAUUAUGAGCGGCCUCGAGGACCUAGGCUGGGCUACUCCAUCCCCUCCCGCUCAGGGGCUUCAGGACUGGAUAAGAGAGACUAUGUGUGA